AUGUCUGCCGUCCAGGUCCUCAAGGGCGAUGCGCCUACGCAGGCUCGAUCAUUGUUCCGCCAAUUGCUCCGCCAGGGAGAGCAGUUCGCCGCAUAUAACUUCAGAGAAUACGCUACCCGGAGGACGCGCGAUGCAUUCCGCGAGCACAAGGAUGAGAAGGACCCGAGGCGCCAGCAGGAAUUGAUACAGGAGGGGUUGAAGGAGCUGCAGAUGCUGAAGAGGCAAGCUACCGUGAGCCAGUUUUUCCAGAUUGACAGGUUGGUCGUUGAGGGUGGCAAGUCGGGCAAGCAAAAGGGAAAGAAGGGUGAUCUUGCGAGACAAAACGAGACUGGUAUCGCUACAGGUCAUCAGCGAGUCUCAUCUACGACGAUCUUUAUAAAAGUGACAUCGAAGUCUCGUAGCCCUCAAGUGUGUUAUAGCUCAGCGACUUUGCAGUUGAGGAGGCUGAGCCGCCGAACUCGCGCCUGCGGACCCGACCUAUCUACAAAACACCGAAUAUACGCGCGACGAGACCGCAACCAUGGCGCCUGGAUACCGCAACAGCAACCCCUCGCGCCGCCAAACCCGCGGCCUCGUCGACCACGACAUCUUCGAAGGUCUCCCCGUCCGCAACUGGCGCCGUGA